GGCAGGAGGGAGGCUUGAAUAUCGGAGUAACUUCCCCUCGCAGUUUCACCUUGAACCUAACAACAUGGCAGUGCAGGUACUUCGAUCAUCUUGCUCCUUCUCAAGAUUGCUGUCCAAAAACGUUCCAUCAGCUGGUACCGUCAGCCGAAAUGCAGCAUGGUGGUCAAAUGUGGAAAUGGGUCCCCCUGAUGCCAUCUUAGGUGUAACAGAGGCAUACAAGCGUGACCCCAACCCCAACAAGGUCAACCUUGGAGUGGGGGCUUAUCGAGAUGAUAAUGGAAAGCCAUAUGUCCUCUCAUGUGUACUUAAGGCAGAACAGGAAAUCAUGGCAUCUAAGCUGGAUAAAGAGUAUGCUGGCAUUGCAGGCAUACCAGAAUUUACUAAAGCUGCUGCAGAGCUGGCCUUUGGUGCAGACAGUCCUGUAACCACUGGAGGAUUGAAUGUCACCAGCCAGUGCAUAUCAGGAACGGGGUCUCUUCGAGUUGGAGCUGCCUUUUUUUCGAAAUGGUACGCCAAAAGCAAAGAUUUCUGGGUCCCAACACCAACUUGGGGAAACCACACACCCAUUUUUAAACAUUCAGGUCUUGAAGUGAAGCAGUAUCGUUACUACGAUCCUAAGACAUGUGGUUUUGACUUCAAAGGAGCCAUGGAGGAUUUUUCGAAAAUCCCUGCAGGGUCAGUUGUUGUUCUGCAUGCAUGUGCCCACAAUCCAACUGGUGUUGAUCCCAAGCCUGAACAAUGGAAGGAAAUAAGCCAGCUGUUUAAAAAACAGGGUCUGUACCCAUUCUUUGACAUGGCCUACCAAGGGUUUGCCAGUGGGGACAUUGACCGUGAUGCUUUUGCAGUCCGGCAGUUUGUCAAAGAUGGGCAACAGGUGGUUCUUGCCCAGUCUUUUGCCAAAAAUAUGGGUCUUUAUGGUGAGCGUGUUGGAGCUUUUACUGUGGUUUGUGACUCCAAAGAGGAGGCCGAUCGUGUCAUGUCUCAGAUAAAAAUUUUGAUCCGUCCCAUGUACUCCAAUCCUCCUAUCCAUGGUGCUCGCAUUGCUGCACGCAUCCUAACCACACCUGCACUUCGAUCUGAAUGGUUGAAAGAGGUGAAAGGGAUGGCUGAUCGCAUCAUCUCUAUGAGAAAGCAAUUGCGUGAGGGUCUGCAGAAGGAGGGGUCAACACGGAACUGGCAGCACAUCACUGAUCAGAUUGGCAUGUUCUGCUUCACAGGACUUAAUCCCACUCAGGUGGAACGCCUGACGAAGGAAUUUUCUGUUUACCUGACCAAAGAUGGGCGCAUUUCGGUAGCUGGACUUUCAUCGAAGAAUGUGGGCUACCUGGCCAAAGCCAUGCAUGAAGUUACCAAAUAAAACUGGCAGAGAUUUGUAAGAAGGAACACUUUUUGAAAAAAAAAACAAAAAAAAAAAUUUUGACUUGUGACACUGAAUUGCUGAAGCACAUAGCGAUGAAAAGAAUCUGCAAAACAAUAACAGGCACUGCAAGCUUAAAAAGAAAGCUUUUUAACAUGCAGUAGCCGAAGUAUGCUGACAUGGGAAGUGUAAUUAUCUAUUUUUCUUUACCCUUUCUUGUAGGACCAAGUGUAUUGCAGAGUAUGUAACGUGGCAAGCAACAUUUUUUUCUGAGCAGAAGUACUAAAUUGCUAACCUUAAUGGUUGUAGUAGAAAAAUGUUAGUAAGGUAAAAACAUUUUACCUCUUCAUCUUUUUCAUCUUUGGUAUUAUUUGUUUUAAUUCUUUGCCAUUGUUUACAGCAGUUUUAUAAAUUUACUGUGGCUGCUAAUGCGGGCAGAAAAAGCAGGAGGUGGGUGGCUUGUAUUAUCAAGUUCUCCUUAUUUACUCAUCCAGUUUAACUUCCAGAUGUCUAGCAAACUUCAGUAGGCUCAUCUUUAGAUGUUACACUUGAGAUUAAAACUAUUUUGAGGAUAUUUGUAGACACCUUGUAUGGUACAUAUUUAAGGUUUUCUUUUUAUUUGUGUACUUGUUUGUGCAUUAUCUGCCCCUGUUAAGUGAUUGCUUUGCUAUAAGGCCUUUUUUUAUUUUGUUUUUUGUGAAUUGCACUGAUAAAUGUAUGCCUCAUGUCUCAUAUGUUGCACUAAGAUUUUUAUUGGGGGGCCAUUGCCAGCCACUCUGCAGUCAGGUUCAGGCAGUUUGUGUGAAAAAGUUUGUUUUAUUAUCUGUGUUUGCUUCCUAGCCAUAGUAUUAUGUUUAUAUCUUGAGAAGGGUAAAAUGUUUUUAUUUAUUGGCAGAAUCUCCAGACAUGGCAAACUGACAGUUUAACUUUUUGAUACCAGCAAAAGGGAGGAGCUUAUUUAAUCUUUUUCAAGAGAUUAUGGAGUUCCUGCUAGUGAUUAGAAGCAGAGAUAAUUUCAAACUAUACAUCAUCUGUUGAGCAGAAUGAAAAGAAAUUCUCUUUUCUUUGAUAAUUUUUCCAUUUUAUGUUGUGUCUUAGAAUUUUGUAUUACAGUUGUACAAAAUCAUGAAGCAUAACAAUGUCAGAUUGUUUGCCACUAAAUAAGCAAUAGUGUUGUUGAAUCUUUGCGUAGCGGUAGAUGUCAGUGGGCGCACAAUAAAGAAUAAACAGUCUAUUACUUUCUUCCAGAACCUUUCAUGGUGUGUGUGUCUUUUAAAAAUUCAAAGCUGUGGAGGAUGAAAAAUGAUUUCCAGUUGUAAUUUAAAUUGAUUUUUAGAUUUCACAACUUUGAAGUUGAAAAGUUGGCUAUGGUUUCGGUAAAAUGAAGUUGGUUUAGAAAAAUAAUGGGGAAAGGGGAUGAUUCUGAGUUAAUAACAUUUGGCAAGUUGAUGGACGUCUUGCUAAUACUGUUGGCCUGUUGCUUGUACCUGAUGUCAUGAGAUAAAGCAUAGAACUGUAA